CACGCCGCCUCUCAAGUUCGCGCUCGCCCGCUCGCUCCUGCCUGUGGUCCCGCCGCAGCUCAUCCCGGCCUCCCAAAGUCUCUCGAAGAGCCGGAGGCGAAGCUGGGAGCGGGGAUCCCGACUCCCUCAGUUCCCGGUGGCCCUCCUGGAGCCGCAGAAGGGGAGGGCGAGCUUCCUGGCUGCUCUGCCAUGACCUCCCGGCCACCUCCAGGCGGUGUUUGCAUGUUUCCUUGCAAGCGACAGCCCCUACUAUGUAACCUGACCCGUGCAGCCAGGGGCCUUGUGCGGCGGCGGUGGCGAAGGCAACAGCGGCAGCGCGGCCAUUGAGAGCCUCCUGCGCCUGGAUCUGGUUAAAUGAAUACCUGACGAAAAGGCCCACGUUUCAAGGCAGUGACAUUUGAUAGCUGAGAGGAAAAGUGGCAUUCAUGAAAAGCAACCUUUGGAAUUCCUGCUUGUGAGAAGAAGGGGGAAAAAAAUUCCAAUUCAGCUUUUUUGUGCUGCCAGCAAGAAAUGAUCAGUAGCACCAGUGUUUAUGGCUUGAAGAUGCAGUGGACGCCAGAACAUGCCCAGUGGCCAGAGCAGCACUUUGACAUCACUUCGACCACCCGCUCUCCCGCCCACAAGGUAGAAGCUUAUCGUGGACACCUGCAGCGCACCUAUCAGUAUGCCUGGGCUAACGAUGACAUCUCUGCUCUCACGGCCUCCAAUCUGCUGAAGAAAUAUGCAGAAAAGUAUUCCGGCAUUUUGGAAGGGCCAGCUGAACGGCCCAUCCUGGGUAACUAUGUGGAGCCUCCAUCAGGGCUGGUGAAUGGUCGCAAAAGUGAAAGUGAGCCCUGGCAGCCUUCUUUGAACUCGGAGAGUGUUUAUCCCAUGAACUGUGUCCCAGAUGUUAUUACUGCCAGCAAAGCUGGAGUAAGUACUGCCCUCCCUCCAGCAGAUGUCUCUGCCAGUAUAGGGAGCUCCCCUGGGGUGGCUAGUAACCUGACAGAACCUAGUUAUUCAAGUAGUACAUGUGGAAGUCAUACAGUACCUAGUCUGCAUUCAGGGCUCCCAUCUCAGGAAUAUGCCGCAGGAUAUAAUGGAUCUUACCUGCAUACAAGUUACAGUGGCCAGCCAGCACCUGCACUUCCUUCACCUCAUCCCUCUCCUUUGCAUAGCUCUGGGCUUUUACAGCCACCCCCUCCGCCACCGCCACCCCCAGCCCUAGUGCCAGGCUACAAUGGGACAUCUAAUCUUUCUAGUUAUAGCUAUCCGCCAGCAAGUUAUCCCCCUCAAAGUGCUGUUGGGCCUGGCUAUAGCCCUGGUGGUGCACCACCUCCUUCAGCAUAUCUGCCUUCAGGUAUCCCUGCACCAACUCCUCUGCCCCCCACCACAGUACCUGGGUACACCUACCAGAGUCAUGGGUUAACGCCCAUUGCACCGUCUGCCCUGACCAACAGCUCAGCCACUUCUCUCAAGAGAAAAGCUUUCUAUAUGGCAGGGCAAGGAGAAAUGGACUCCAGCUAUGGAAAUUACAACUAUGGCCAACAGAGAUCUACACAAAGUCCCAUGUACAGGAUGCCUGACAACAGCAUUUCCAAUGCCAGCAGAGGGAACGGCUUUGACCGAAAUGCUGAAUCCUCCUCCUUGGCGUUUAAGCCAACAAAACAGAUAAUGGCUUCAGAGCAGCAAAGGAAAUUUAACCAGUCCAGUCGGGCUCUGACACCCCCAUCCUACAGUUCUGCUAAGAAUUCCCUUGGCUCCAGAGCAAGCGAGCCCUUUGGGAAGUAUAGCUCUCCCGUCAUGAACGAACACAGCGAAGAGCACAGGCAGCUUCUUCCUCACCCAAUGCAAGGCCCGGGACUUCGUGCAGCUACCUCAUCCAACCACUCUGUGGACGAGCAAUUGAAGAACACCGAUGCGCACCUCAUGGACCUUGUGACCAAUGAGAUUAUCAACCAAGGGCCACCUGUGGACUGGAAUGACAUUGCUGGACUAGAUUUGGUGAAGGCUGUCAUUAAAGAGGAGGUUUUAUGGCCAGUCUUGAGGUCAGAUGCGUUUAAUGGGCUGACUGCUCUACCUCGGAGCAUCCUUUUGUUUGGACCUCGGGGAACAGGCAAAACAUUACUGGGCAGAUGUAUAGCUACCCAACUGGGUGCCACAUUUUUCAAACUCACAGGUUCUGGUCUUGCCACAAAGUGGUUAGGAGAAGGAGAAAAAAUUGUUCACGCUUCCUUCCUGGUGGCAAGGUGCCGACAGCCCUCGGUGAUUUUUGUUAGUGACAUUGAUAUGCUCCUUUCAUCCCAAGUGAGUGAAGAGCACAGUCCAGUAUGUCGGAUGAGAACCGAGUUCCUUAUGCAGCUGGACACCGUGCUAACUUCUGCUGAGGACCAAAUAGUAGUAAUCUGUGCCACCAGUAAACCGGAAGAAAUAGAUGAAUCUCUUCGAAGGUACUUCAUGAAACGACUUUUAAUCCCACUUCCUGACAGCACAGCCAGGCACCAGAUAAUAGUACAGCUGC